CUCCUCCCGGCAGCCCCGGCCGGCAUGGCGGCGCCCAGCGCUUAGCUUCGCACGUGUGAUCCGCGCUGCGGGCUUAAAGCCGCCACCAUGAAGGGCAAAUCCUCGGCCCACAAGUCGGGGAACACGCACCGGUUUCUUACCUUCUCGGAGCGCUUAAGUAAUGUUAACAUCGAUAUUAUUCAUCGGAUUGACAGAACUGGAAGCAGCGCUGAGGAGGUUGAAACUUACUUUUAUGAAGGACUGCAGAAAUGGAGGGAAUUGAACCUCACUCAGCAUUUUGUGCAGUUCUACAAAGAAGUGGCCAACAAAUGCCAGUCCUUCAACCAGCUGGUCUAUUACCAGGGUGCCAUUGUGCAGAGCUUGAAGAUACAUUUGCAAGUCAAAACCAGUCUUGCUUAUCAACCGUUAUUAGAUCUAGUGGUGCAGCUGGCUCGAGAUCUCCAGGCUGAUUUCUAUCCUCACUUCCAUGACUUCUUCGUGGCCAUCACCAAGUUGCUGGAUACACAGGACACAGAGCUGCUGGAAUGGGCUUUUACCUCUCUUUCCUAUCUCUACAAGUACUUGUGGAGAUUGAUGGUGAAGGAUAUAAGCAACAUAUAUAGCCUCUACAGCACCCUGCUGGCUCAUCACAAGCUUCACAUCAGAAACUUUGCUGCUGAAAGUUUUGUCUUUUUAAUGAGAAAGGUUUCUGAUAAAAAUGCCCUCUUCAACUUAAUGUUCCAUGACCUGGGGGAGCACCCCAAGAAGGUGGAAGGUGUGGGAAGGCUACUUUUUGAGAUGUGCAAGGGUGUUCGAAACAUGUUUCACUCUUGCACAGAGACGGCUCUAAAAUUAAUUCUGGUAAAGCUGGGACCUGUUACUGAAGAGGAAACUGAACUACCAUGGAUAACAAUUGGAGAAGCCUUUGAGCAGAUGAUCAGAUCAGCUGCAGUGCAUAUACAUAGGGAGCAUUUUGACAUUGUUUUCAAGUGCCUGAAGGAGUCACUCUUAAACUUGCAGAGCAAAAUAACUAAAGUCAAUUGCUGUGUGGCUUCAGAGCAGAUGGAAAGGGUUCUGCGAGCGUAUCUGAUCCUAGUGGAACAUGCAAAUGGAUCCAAAAUCUCACAGCCAGAAGAAGUCUGUCAGGUUUUAAUAAAAAUGUUACAGACACCAGAUCUCUCCUCAUCUUGCUGCAAGAUCCUGCUGAACACCAUUUCUGCUUUACUGCUGGCCGAGAACGUUCACUUACCUGACUCUUUGACCAAAGAAGCUAUUGAAAAGGUAUUAGGAAGUGGAAUUGAAUGGUGCUUUCUUUUGGACUUUUCUGAAGCAAUGUUCACAAUGAAGCAAUUUGAGAGGCACUUUCUUCCAUGCUUUCUAAAGUACAUUGAACAUUGCUUCUCUGGCACAGAUGCACUUAGAAAGGAUCAGGCAACAGCAGUUCUGGCUAAACUCAUUCUGGUGAAAGCAGAGCCUCCUACCGUUGGUUCAAUGGCAUUUGAAAAGUAUCCUCUUCUUUUCACUGAAUCAUCAUCCAUCAGCUCUAAUACAAGACAACAAACAAGUAAAAGACAAGGAGGAAGGGCAGAAGUACCAGUGCUUGAUUAUGUGCUGUCUCUAAUCCAGUUACGAGAGAACAAAGACAUCACUGACCUUUCACAGCCUUGGGUUGCCUUGGUUGUGCUGCCACAUAUUAGACCAAUGGACAAAGAAAUGAUCCUGCCCUGUGUGACAAGUUUUAUAGAUUCUCUGUUCACAGCCAUUGACAAAGGAGGCCUCUGCAAAGGGAGCUUGUUUGUGGCCUGCCAAGCUGUAAGUACUCUUCUCAGUUUGACAGAGUCUUCUGAAAUACUCCAUUUGUUGCCUGUGGAGCGUGUCAAGAACUUGGUGACCACUUUCCCUUCAGACCCAUCAGCAUUGCUGCUGGCUGAUCUCUAUUACACAAGACUGGCAUUGUGCGGCUGCCAGGAACCUCUUUCCCAAGGGAACCUAAUGGACUUGUUUGAGAAGUUGCAACCUAAUAUCUCCACUGGUAUUUCCAAGGUUCGACUCUUAACUGUCCGUAUUCUAAACCACUUUGAGACUCCACCUUCUACAGUAAUGGUGAGUGAUGGCACAGGGGACCUCCAGUCAGUAUUUGCCAUACUGCUCCAAGCAGAGCUUGUGCCAGCGACAGUGAAUGAUUACAGAGAGAAACUUCUCCAUUUGAGGAAAUUGAGAUGUGAUAUAGUGCUGUCCGCAAUACCAAGUGGAUCUUUGCAGGAGGUGCCUCUUCGGUAUUUACUGGGAAUGCUUUAUAUUAACUUCAGCCCUCUCUGGGAUCCUGUAAUUGAACUCAUAACUUCUCAUGCAAAGGAAAUGGAAAAUAAACAGUUCUGGAAGGUCUUUUAUGAACAUCUGGAGAGGGCUGCUGCCUAUGCUGAAAUGGAACUGCAAAAUGAAUUGGACGAACGGGAGGAAAACAUCGAUGAAACUGAAAGCAAGAAGAUACCAGAAGGAGGGGUGGGCACUGUCUUCCUGGAGCAGCUGGGGACAAGAACAGACUGCAGCGAGCGGUUGGACCACACAAACUUCCGCUUUCUGCUGUGGAAAGCGUUAGAGAAGUUCCCAGACAGGGUGGAGCCCAGGUCAAGGGAACUUUCCCCGCUUCUUCUGAGGUUCAUUAGAAAUGAAUACUACCCAGCAGAUUCGUUAGUGGCUCCAACUCAGGAUCUUAGGAAGAAAACUACUGGUACAGUCAUAGCAAAAGAAGUAUCAGGUGAAGAAGUUAACGAUGUUAAUAUGGAGGAGGAAGACGAGGAAGAAAAGGAAGAAGGAGAACCGAUUACUGUAGGGCUUCCAAAAAAGAAAACAAGAAGAGCUGCUGCUAAGCAACUGAUAGCUCACUUACAGGUUUUCUCUAAGUUCUCCAAUCCUCGUGCAUUGUAUCUGGAGCAGAAGCUAAAUGCAUUGUAUACCCAGUUACUGUCCCACCAAGACCAGAGUGUGCAGAGAAUAGCUCUUGACUGUAUCAUGACAUACAAGCAUCCUCAUCUACUGCCAUACAGGGAGAACUUGCAAAGACUGCUGGAGGACAAGAGCUUUAAAGAAGAAAUAGUCCAUUUCAGUAUUUCUGAGGAGAACACGAUCGUAAAAAUGGAGCAUCGACCACAUCUUGUCCCUGUUCUGAUGAGAAUUCUCUAUGGCAGGAUGAGAAACAAAACGGGGAACAAAACACAGGGCAAGUCUGCGGCAGCCACUCGCAUGUCCAUCGUUCUGCGGUUUCUGGCCGGCUCACUGCCAGAAGAGAUCCGGAUGUUCUUGGAUCUGCUCUUUGAAGCUGUGAAGCAAUUCAGCCAUGGGCCUUGCCAGACAGCAGUGCUUCGAAGUAUGUCAGAAUUGGAUUUAGCUAAAGUCCUGCCUCUUGGGCGUCAACACAGCCUCUUCAAUGGUCUCGAAGUUGUGUUGAAAAACAUGGGACAUUUGAUCAGUCAGUACUUGCCUGAAAUUCUACAAAUUCUACUCUGCAUGACAGCUGUGGUAUCCUGCAUUCUCCAGCAAAGAGAAAAGGUUCAGCCACGGUUGAUUAAUCCGCUGAAGAACUUGAGGCGCCUUGGACUCAAGCUUGUGGUUGAGUUUUUUUCUGAUCAUGAGACUUACAGUUUUAGUGUGGAAGAGAUUGAUGCAGUUUUCCAUGCAGUGGUAUGGCCUCAGGUUUGCAGGUUGGCUUCAGAGAGCCAGUAUUCUCCAACUUUUCUGCUCAAACUCAUUUACACUUGGAGUAAGAAUCCUAGGUAUUUCCCUCUACUGGCCAAGCAGUAUCCGGAUCGUCCAGAGUAUGAUAUACUGUCCAAUGUGUUUGCUGUCCUGUCAGCCAAGAAUCUGUCUGAGGCAACAUCCAAUCUUGUGAUGGACAUUGCUGAUAGCCUUCUCAACAGCCCCGAUUUUGAACCCACGGAGCAGGUUUCCAGUUUGAACGUGACUGACUGUGUUGUCCUGAACACUGGUGAAGUGACAGAAGAGUCCCUCAGCCUAGGUUGUCGCUUGGUCCUACCUCACGUUCCUGCCAUACUUCAGUACUUCAGCAAAACAAUGUUAAAUGUGGAGAAAAUGAAAAAGAAGAAGUACAGAGCCCAAGUCAGCAAAGAGCUGAGUAUACUCUCCAAGAUCAGCAAAUUUAUACAAGAAAAAAGUCAGAAUUCAGUGCUUGUGAGUCUCCUUCUUCCUUUCCUUCACCAGAGUAACAUUGAACAAGAUGCAGAGAUUGACAUUCUGGAGACAGUGCAGAACUUGCUGAGGCAUUGCUCAAACCCUGCAAGCUUUCUCAAACCUCUGGCAAAGCUAUUUUCUGUCAUCCAGAACAAACUGUCUCGACAGAAGUUGUGCUUGGUAUUUCAGACUUUAUCUGAUUUGGACAGUGAAUUGAAAUACAUUACAGAUGUUGUUAAGUUGAACGCCUUUGAUCAACGGCAUCUUGAUGAUAUCAACUUCGAUGUACGCCUGUCAGCGUUCCAGUCAAUCACUGCCCACAUCAAAGAAAUGCAAACAGUGGAUAUCAACUUCCUCAUCCCCGUUAUGCACAACUGCUUCUAUACCAUCCAGCUAGGAGAUAUGGCUCUUAGUGACAACGCAAGCCUUUGCCUCACCAGUUUUAUCCACCGCCUGGCAGAAAUUGACCACACAGAAGAUGACUACAAGGAGUUAAUCCAGCACACUCUUCUGGAGUCUCUGAGAAGGGGGCUGAAGAGUAAAACUGAGAGCAUCCAGCAAGACUACACGUCUUUGCUUUCCUGCCUCAUUCAGACAUUCCCAGCAAAUUUUGAAUUCCGGGAUUUGGUCCAGCUGACCAACUGCCACGAUCCUGACAUGGACUUCUUUGAGAACAUGAAACACAUGCAGAUCCACAGGAGGGCACGAGCUCUGAGGAGACUGGCUAAGCAGCUGACUGAGAAGAAACUUGUGCUGUCUUCCAAAUCCCUGCAGAACUACAUCAUGCCUUAUGCUACUACUGCCAUUUUUAGUGAAAAAAUGCUGAAGCAUGAAAAUAUGGUAACAGCCUCUGUUGAAGUUGUUGGAGCCAUCUGCCAGCAUCUCUCGUGGUCAGCAUACUUGUACCACUUAAAGCAUUUCAUCCACGUCCUGCAGACGGGGCAGAUCAGUCCCAAGUUGGGAGUCAGCUUGUUAGAAACAGUGCUGGAAGCCUUUCACUUUGACCAUGAAACACUGGAAAAACAGCUCAUGACCAUUGAGAACAAAGAAGCUGCUGCCAUGGAUCUUGAGCCAGAGGUAGAAGGUGAAGAAGCCAUGGAGCUGGAACAGAGUGAAGGGGAAGAGGAAGUGGUUGAGGAAGACAAGAAGGAGAAUAUCCCUGAAGAAACAGCAGAACCUGAGCUGGUUCUGCCUGAAAAGGCAGCUGAGACACCUGAAAACACUCAGCAAGUGGCAAAACCAGUUUCCUUCUUACCCCGAAAUAAAGAAGAGCUGGAGUGUCUGAUCAAACACAUUCAAGAUACAGUUAUAGUCAACAUUUUGCCUAAAUUGCACAGGUGCAUUGUUGCGAAGGUUAAGAGAGAUGAAGAACACAAGCUUGUGAAAUCCAGUGUUGUGAACGAUGAUGAGGUAGUCCGUGUGCCUUUGGCUUUUGCAAUGGUCAGGGUGAUGCAGUGUCUUCCCCAGGAAGUGAUGGAAGCCAACCUGCCAAGCAUCCUCCUGAAGGUCUGCUCAUUUCUGAGGAACAGAUUUCAGGAAAUCCGGGAUGUUGCUCGUAACACCCUCACUAAAAUCAUGGAAGUGUUGGGAGUGCAAUACCUUCUGUACGUUUUAAAAGAGAUGCAAUCAACUCUCAUCCAUGGAUACCAGCUCCAUGUGCUGACUUUCACUGUGAAUCUGCUACUGAAAGGUCUUACUACCAGGCUGAAUGCUGGUGAUUUGGACCCCUGCUUAGACAUCCUGAUUGAGAUUUUCAACCAAGAGCUGUUCGGGGAUGUAGCUGAAGAGAAGGAAGUAAAGGGAAUUGUCUCCAAGGUCAUGGAAGCACGCAAGAACAAGAGUUAUGAUUCCUAUGAAAUUCUUGGAAAAUAUAUAGGAAAGGGCCAGGUGACUAAACUUAUUCUGCCACUGAAAGAGAUUCUGGAGAGCACCACAAGCUUGAAGGUAGUCCGGAAGGUGCACGAGGCGCUGCGUCACAUCAUGGCAGGGCUGAUCUUCAACUCAGACAUGAAUGCUGAAUCUCUCCUCCUCCUCAGCCACGGUCUCAUCAGUGAAAACUUGCCUCUGCUCACUGAGAAGGCCAAAACAAAAGUUGCCCCUCCUCCAGAUCCUCGGCUGCAACCAGAGAGCUGCUUGCUGCUCCAACCCACACCCACAAGAGGGGGGCAGAAAGCCCCUGUCAGCAGAAGGACCAACACGUAUAUCUUGGUUGAAUCAGGACUUCGGCUGCUGCACAUGAGCCUGAAGAGAUCCAAAGUAAAUUCUUCCGAUGAACACGUUUUGGAAAUGUUAGACCCCUUUGUUCAGCUACUCAUAGACUGCCUGAAAUCCAUGGAUGUCAAGGUGAUAACUGGUGCUCUGCAGUCCUUAGUAUGGAUUUUAAAGUUUCCUUUGCCUUCUAUCAAUACAAAUCUGGAGUCGCUAAUCAAGCAGCUGUUCCUCUUGCUGAAAGAAUUUGCCAAGACAGGAGUAGCCAAAGGCCAGAAUUUCCACUUAGUUGUGAACUGUUUCAAAUCCGUAACAAUACUUGUGAAGAAUGCAAAGAGCCAAAUAACAAGCAAACAGCUCCAAGUGCUGCUUGGCUUUGCUGAAGAAGAUAUUUAUGAUUCAUCACGGCAAGCCACUGCCUUUGGCCUUCUAAAGGCUAUUUUAUCCAGGAAGCUGAUUGUCCCUGAGAUUGAUGAUGUGAUGCAGAAGGUUGCCCAGCUUGCCAUCACAGGCCAGAGUGAGCCAGUGCGGGUCCAGUGCAGGCAGAUUUACUUGAAGUAUAUUCUGGACUACCCCCUUGGUGACAAGCUAAAACCCAAUUUGGAUUUCAUGCUCGCACAGCUGGACUACGAGUAUGAAACUGGAAGAGAGUCUGCUCUGGAGAUGAUUGUGUACCUCCUUGACAUGUUUCCACAGGAGCUCCUCCACAAAUACUGUGGGCUGUUUUUCAUCUCCUUGUGUAUGAUGAUGAUAAACGAUGACUCGGCCAAGUGCAAAAAGAUGGCAGCUUUGACGUGCAAGUCUCUGCUCAGUAAGAUAAACAAUGAUAAACAAGAUCUGCUGUUUUCACUGGUCACAGAGUGGUUUCACAGCAAGAAGAGCUCACACCGGAGGUUGGCUGCCCAGGCGUGCGGCUUGUUUGUGGAAGUGGAGGGAGUCAUGUUUGAGCGGCGCCUUGAAGCUGUCCUCACCUUAGUUGAGAAAGAAAUCAACCCAGUUCAGUUUGAAGACAUAACUGAGGAGGAGGAGGAGAAGGCUGCAGAUAGGCUGCUGUUCAGCUUCCUUGUGCUGGUGACAAAGCUGAUCUCGGAGUGCAGCUUCAUUCAGCUAACGAAGCAUGCAGAUAUUGUCAGCCAGAUCUGGGAUCACGUCCAGUCUCACCUCUGGCAUCCUCACAGCUGGGUAUGGCUGACGGCCACUCAGAUCUUUGGCUUGUUGUUUGCAUCCCACAAACCAGAAGACCUUGUCACCAAAUGGAAGGAAAGGCAGGCAGUGAAGAGGAAAAAGCCGUCAGCAGAGCUGUCUGCAUCCAUGUUCUUCCUGACUGCUGAGCUGGACAGAAAGAUGAAGGAACUUGUGUUUGCGUUCUGCCAUCAGCUGCGCUCCAAGUUCCUGGACCAGUCUCUGGGAGAGCAGGUUAUAAAGAAUCUGCUGUUUGUUGCCAAAGUUAUUUACUUGCUUGCACCUCCAUCAGAGGAAAGUGAACAGGUCGAAGGAGAAUUUAGCUGUGAGGUGGAAGAGCAGGAGGCUUCUGAAGAUGAGGAAGAGAAAGAUGUUUCUGCUCAAGGAGAGGGAGAAGGAGAAGACACAGAAGAGAAGGGUCGGCCAGCCACGUUGAUAUGGCUGAUGAAGAAACUCUCUCUCAUGGCAAAGCGAGAAGCAGCAUAUUCCCCCAAGAUCCCAUUAAAGAGGAGCUGCAUCUUUAAGUUCCUCGGAGCAAUCUCAGUGGAUCUGGGGAAAGACAGAAUCAAGCCGUACCUUCCAACAGUCCUCACUCCUCUGUACAGGGAGCUGAACAGCACCUAUGCAGAGCAAGAUCCAACACUGAAGAACCUUUCCCAAGAAAUUAUAGAACUGCUCAAGAAAUUAGUCGGUCUGGAGGCUUUUUCGCUUGCCUUUUCUUCUGUGCAGAAACAGGCCAAUCAGAAAAGAGCUAUGAGGAAAAAGCAGAGGGCUUUGCAGACUGUGGCAAACCCUGACAUUGCUGCAAGGAGGAAGCUGAAGAGACACAAGAAUAAAGCAGAAACGAGGAAGAGAAAAAUAGAAUUCCUGCGCCCCAGCUAUAAGGCCAAGAGACAUCGUGGUCAUGCACUGAAAGACUUAGCAAUGGUGGAAUGAAAAGUCAUCUUCUUCCCAGAAGGUGAAUUUGUAAAAAUGAAUUUCAAGUUAAUACUGUUGGGGAGAAAAAAAGAGUAUUUACAUAUUUUAAUUGUAUUUA